ACCGGUGUUGGGAACUUUUACACCAAUCCAUGCUACAGCUCUUCACCCUUUCGGGUCGACUACUCAUGCCGCUGGCUUGGACCUAACCUAGGAUAAAUCUUGGCCCAGCGAGGGUUGGGGGGCGAGCCAUGGGCAGCUCAGCCUCAUCGCUGGCCGCCGAGACGGAGUCGGACCAUGGUUUCACUGGCCCAACCUAUCCAGGGCACCUGGCUGCAAGUUGGUAUAGGAGUAGCCACAGUGGCCCUGUUUGGGAAAGUGCCCUUAUAACACGGCAGCAUCAGCACGUGAAUCACCGGGCACGAAGCCACACCCACUCUUCUAGUUCUAUGGCUGCUGUGCGAGAGUGGUCCUGCACCCGCUGCACGUUCCUGAACCCAGUGGGACAGCGCCAGUGCUCCAUCUGUGAAGCUCCCCGCCAGAAGCCUGACCUCAACCACAUCCUGCGCCUCAGCGUUGAGGAACAGAAAUGGGCCUGCGCUCGCUGCACCUUCCGGAACUUCUUAGGCAAGGAGGCCUGUGAGGUGUGUGGCUUCACCCCGGAGCCGGGGCCAGGAGGCUCCCCGCUGCCAAUCAUCAAUGGGGUGUUGCCCAAGCCCGCCAUCUUGAUUGAGCCCAAAGGAACCUGCAAGGAGGAGGUGCCCAAGGCUGAGAGUUCUGGCGAGGAGUCUGGGGGGAAAAGUCCCGAAGAGGCCAGGUUGGAAGAAGGUUGGGCCUGCCAGCGUUGCACCCUCCACAACACCCCUGUGGCCAACUCCUGUUCUGCCUGCGGGGGGCCCCGUAAGCUCUCCCUGCCCAAGAUCCCCCCAGAGGCGCUGGUCGUCCCUGAAGUUAUUGCUCCUGCUGGCUUCCACGUAGCCCCCUCCACCCCUCAGCCCACUGUGGCCACAGAGACCCCAGAGAGCCACGUGGCUGCCAACCCAGGGACCACUACGGCGGUCGAGCAAGACAACCAGAAGAUGCCAAGUUUUAGCCUUUUCUCCCCGGGCCUCCAAAACAACCCGGUUCCCCGCAGCCGCCGGGAGGUGCCCCCACAGCUUCAGCCGCCCACUCUGGAGGCCUCCCUGCCGGCCUCUCCAUCGACCCCUGUGCAGAAGGCCAUUCGCUUCCAAGAACUCAUGGCCACCAAGCGGUUGAGCGUCCUGGAGGAAGAGAUGGAGGUGAGCCCAUCCCCGUGGAAGUGCAGCACCUGCUCCCUCCUCAACACCUCAGGUUCAGGUCCGUGUGAGGCCUGCAACAGCCAGAAAAGCAGUGACACCAUUGACUUGACGGGGGACUCGGUGCGGUUCACGCCCUGCGGCCCGUCCAGCCCUGACUUCACCACCUGGUCGUGCUCCAAGUGCACGCUGAAGAACCCCACAGCCUCUCAAAAGUGCAAGGCCUGCGGCUCCUCCAAGCUGCACGGCUUCCAAGAACACGGCUUGCCAGGCGAGUCAGCCUCCAAAUGCUCUGAGUGCAGCUCGGAUAAGGGCGCAGCCUGUGGGUGCAAGGCCCCCUCCGCUCGCAAAGUGGCCCGCCUUUUCCCCUCGCAGCCGCCGGCCACGCCAGAGAGGCCCAGCCAGUGGGCCUGCCCGGCUUGUACGUUACUCAAUGAGCUCAAGGCCAAGCACUGUGUAGCUUGUCACACCCCUCAGGGGUACAUGUCGCAACUCAAGGGCGCCAAACCUCUCCGGCGCCGGGAGAGCAUGCACGCAGAGAAGCGCCGUCAGACCGACGAGGGGGAAGCCAAGGCCCUCUGGGAAAACAUUGUCUCCUUCUGUCAAGAGAAUAAGGUCAACUUCGUAGAUGACAGUUUCCCACCUGGGCCCAAGUCGGUUGGCUUCCCUGAAGGAGAUAGCGUCCAGCAGCGAGUGAAGCAGUGGCUGAGGCCCCAUGAAAUCAACUGUAAUAUCUUCAAGGACCGAUCAGUCAAGUGGUCUGUCUUCCGGACCCCCCGGCCUUCGGACAUCCUACAGGGGCUUCUAGGAAAUUGCUGGUUCUUAAGUGCUCUGGCUGUGUUGGCAGAAAGGCCUGAGUUGGUGGAAAGAGUCAUGAUCACACGGAGCAUAUGUUCUGAAGGAGCCUACCAAGUCCGGCUUUGCAAAGAUGGCACAUGGACCACUGUGCUGGUAGAUGACAUGCUGCCCUGUGAUGAAUGUGGCUACCUCCUCUUCUCUCAGGCCCAGAGGAAGCAGCUGUGGGUGGCUCUCAUUGAGAAGGCCCUGGCCAAACUCCACGGUUCGUACUUUGCCCUCCAGGCCGGGCGCGCUAUAGAAGGCCUUGCCACACUAACCGGCGCCCCCUGCGAGAGCCUGAUGCUGCAGGUCAGCUCCACUAACCCUCGCGAGGAGCCCAUUGACACUGACCUCAUCUGGGCCAAAAUGCUGAGUUCUAAGGAGGCUGGUUUUUUAAUGGGCGCAUCCUGCGGAGGCGGCAACAUGAAAGUGGACGAUGCCGCUUAUGAAAGCAUGGGCCUUCGUCCGCGACACGCGUACUCCAUCUUGGACGUACGCGAUGUUCAAGGAUGCAGGCUGUUGAGACUUCGCAAUCCCUGGGGCCGCUUCUCUUGGAACGGCGGCUGGUCUGAUGAGUGGCCACAUUGGCCAACACACCUGCGGCAUGAAUUAAUGCCCCAUGGGAGCAGUGAAGGUGUCUUCUGGAUGGAAUACAGUGACUUCAUCAGGUAUUUCGAUUCAGUGGACAUCUGCAAGCUCCAUUCAGACUGGCACGAGGUCCGUGUGCAGGGCGCCUUUCCAAACAAGGCCAGUGGCCCCAUAACCGUCACUUCGCUGACCGUGCUGGAGCGUGCGACCUUGGAGUUCGCCCUUUUCCAAGAGGGCAGCAGGCGCUCAGACACUGUGGACAGCCACCUGCUGGAUCUUUGCAUCAUGGUCUUCCGAGCCACCUUCAUCAAUGGCAGCAAACUGAGCCUGGGGCGCCUGAUGGCCCACAGCAAGCGAGCGGUGAAGAAGUUUGUAAACUGUGAUGUGAUGCUGGAGCCGGGCGAGUACGCUGUGGUGUGCUGUGCCUUCAACCACUGGACCUCCUUGGUGACAGGCACCACCUCCUCCUCUUCCACCGGCCAAGUCUCCAGUCCUACCACUGGCAGUGAGAGCCAGGCUGCCGACAUCUCCAGCUACAUCUUAGCCAUCUACAGUUCCCGUCUGGUGAUGGUAGAACAAAUUGAGGCCCAGUCAACCACGCUAGCUGAUGCCAUCAUUCUGCUCACAGAGAAUAAGGGUGAGCGGCAUGAGGGGCGUGAAGGAAUGACGUGUUACUACCUGACCCAUGGCUGGGCGGGUCUCAUUGUAGUGGUGGAGAAUCGGCAUCCUAAAUCUUACCUGCAUGUCCAGUGUGAUUGUACAGACAGCUUCAACGUGGUGUCGACGCGGGGCAGCUUGAAAACACAGGACAGCGUGCCACCACUGCACAGGCAGGUCCUGGUCAUUUUGUCUCAGUUGGAAGGCAACGCCGGAUUCUCCAUCACGCACCGCCUGGCGCACCGCAAAGCCACGCAAGCCUUUCUAAACGACUGGAUGCCGACCAAGGGGACCCAUAACCCACAGCUGACCCCGGACGUGGCAGGGCUUCAUGGACCCCGGCCACUAUGACGACGGGCCUCACCUGUGCUGCCGCUCUUCUGCUUCUGCCUUCUUUCUGGCCCCAUCGAUCUAUCUCGGGCACUGCCCAAGCCCUUGUUACUGAGCCGUCAGGAUUGAAGAGGAGGGAUGGACUGUCUGAAAUCAAGCGCCUUUCCUCCUGUCCCCUGGGGUCAAGCAGGGAGCUGCUCAGGUUCCCCCCUCCCUUGCAGUCCUCUCUCACAUAUUCCUCUCCCCCUCCACAGAUGAUGCACUUUAUCCAGAGCUGCUGUCAGGAUAACAAGGGAAUUCCAUAGCCUGGAGAGGGACACAGCCACCAAAAAUCCUAAGGCUCCAAUAUACCUCUGGCCAACGUGUCUGUGUGUGUCUCUGCCUCACCAUAUCCUUUGUUGUGUUGGCUGGGUGCUGCAGUCGGUGCCCUUGAGGGAUCGGUAAACACCCACCCACCCCGCUUUCCUCCAAUAUCACCAUUGGCAGAUGGAGGGGUGCUGACUUCCUCUUUCUCCUGGCACUUGGGGCUGACUGGGUAGUGGGAGUGGGGAGUGGGGGAAGUCGACUGAAUGGAGUGGUUUGGAGUGAACUACUCGUGUGAAGCGACCAGGAGUUCUUGUCGGGCAGGGAAGCCGGCCAAGACUCUGUGCACAAGCUAGUUUGCAACACGGACGGAUAGUGGGAGCCCCAACUGGGAAAAUUGUUAUGUGGGUUGGUCCUUUAUUGAUGUCAUUUUGUACUCUUUGGCAAGGCAGAUCUGAGCAGGAGCGGUGGGAUCUGCUGUUGUAUAUGUAUGUGUAGCAUUAGAAGACAAGAGCCUUGACUUGCCUUCUAUGCUUGGGUUCUUGUUGGGGCGCGGGGGCCCCCCUAGGAAACAGUUGCCUCAGCUUACUUGGAGCGGGAGGGGAAAUCGGUGUAGCAGCAGAAAUCAGAAGAGCACUCCCCCCCCCCAGCCUUCUUCUUGAAGGCAUUCUCUCUGUCCCUCCAAGGCUUUAAAUUGAUCACUGUCAUGUCUUUACUUCGUACAGGGAGCUGUUAGUCUGUAUAUUGUUAAGGACAUUCAGUAAGAAGAGAUGUGCAGGGAAGAAUGCAGGUCUGCAAGGAUGAGAUUGGCAGUAUGGGAGGAGGAGGAGGAGGAGGAGGCAUGGCGGCUGCCUGGAUCUUUUGGAAGGGCCAGGGCGUUUGGUCCCAGCCGUGCCUCCUGCAGCCCUCUCACCCUGGAGAUGCUGCCACCCUUCCCCUUGCUCUUCCUGGACGUCCACGGCCUGGAAGCAAAAUAGUCGGGUCAAGCAAGAGUGAAGCUGCAGGAGGAAGGCGUGCCUGCUCCCAGCUGACCUCCCGUUGUGCCUUCCGUUUCCCCAGCAGAAUGUCGUCUGGAAAGCCACUCGCUGGGCAAACCUGCAGGCUUUCAAUGGUCAGGGCAUUUUGGUUCUCCACCAAACUGCUCUGCGCUGUGAUGCUCAGCCUCCGGAAAGGUCUUGUGGGCAUCCGAGCUUGGAAAAGGUCUUUUUAAAAAAACAACAACAAUGGAACUCCCAGUAUUCCUCAGGGAGGACAAACGUGCUGUCAGGGGGAUUCUGGGAAUUGUAGUUAAAGGUUGUUGUUUUUUCCCCCAAAGCUGUGGUUGAAAACUACCUGUAUAUCUUCUGCCAGGAAAAGAGCUUCAAUCCUGGGAAGGGUGUGUGUAUGUGCUGGGGGGGGGUUAGAGUUACAGGGAGCCCUAGAGGCUCACCUGGACUCUCUGUAGGAAGCGGGGGUAUUUUCUUUCACUGUCACCCUCAGAAGACCCACAGAAAGGACUCUGAUUGUGUGAGCUAGCAUUAAAAAGGGAUUAGCCAAACUUUUGGGAAGACACAGCUCUUGUCCUCCCCACCGCACAGCCCAGAUAUAGGGCUGCUGAAGGUAGCGUCUCUGGAGCGAGGACUCCAUUAACAGGGUAUCAAGGACAGGGUUUUCAGUCCACAUGGUGGGCUCAGGCACAGGGGAUCAGGGAUGGUGUCUUCCUCUGUUCUUCUUGGGUCAGAGGAAGGUAUCUUGGAAAACCUGAGGAGUCUUUCCAUAGUCCCUCCUCCCUUCCUUUCCUUCGUUGUGUUGCUCCAAAGGGGCUGUCAGAGUCUGGCAUUAAGAAAAAAAAGGGGGCAAGCAGGCCGUCCAGAGGAUCACUUGCUUGAACUCCCAUCCAUUCCAGGUUGACCUGCUCAUGUUGUGUGCCUGGGGGCAAGUGGAGGACUGGACCAGUACAUACCAGUACAUCCAGUGCCUCCACAGAGGAGUGGACCACUACAUAUAGUGAUGUGGAGCAUCUUGAGGUGGGGCUUUGUAGGGACUGUACUAUUAAUUGGACCUUCCAAUUGGCCUUGUUGGCAGGAGGAAGAUUCUGGGAGUUAUAGUCCAAAACUGUAAUUUCCAAGUGGUAUCCUAUACUCACCCCUUCCCUUCCGUAUUCAGGGACAAACAGCAUAGUAACUGUAGCCCGCCUUGACUGGUGGCAUGUCCCAGAGCAGAUGUUUGUGGGCCCAUUGUAGCUUCGAGCAUCAGAGUAGAAAACUUGAGUCUCCUUUCACUAAGCUUCUGUGGUUACAGACUGCUCUCUAAAGGAAGUUUGCCAUAUAUAGGAUAGAGCCAGUGAAUGAGGAGUGUACCUAGAUGCCCAUAAAAAUAUCCUGCAGGUUUCCCUCGGGAACUAGGAACUGGACUGUGUGUCACUAGGUUUCUGCUUUCAUUCUGGUUCAGAGUUACAUUCCUUGAUCGCUGGGAAGUCUCCUCGCAACAGGAAGCUGAACCAUAAGGUUUCCUUCCUGGGCCUUUCUCCAGGUGGGCCACAUUAAGGUGUCUCUAGACGUAGAUCUGUCAGAAUGGAAACUUGGGAGGGAGCUGAAGUCCAAAAAAAUGCAAACGGCACACUAUGAAUAACUGUGCCUGGGCUUCUUCCUUUACUUUUAAGGAUAUAAAGAGUUGUAGGGUUCAGAUCUGCAGUUGCUAUCUUUAUGGCAUCAGCAAAAGGAACUGUUUUCUCUCUUCCUUAAGCCAAGUUUUGAUGUGUGUCCCCCCCCCCAAAGGGUCAAGCAAGAGUGAAGCAAGAGCGAAGCUGCUCAGUUGUCGAUGCAUCUGGCGGAGGAAUCCCAAUAUGUUGCAAGCCGCCUAGAGACCUUCGGGUAGUGUGGGCGGCAUAUAAGUUAAAUAAAUAAAUAAAUACAGUAGGACCCCCAUAUCUGCAGGAGAUUGUUUUCCAAGCCCUACCACCACCGGAUGCUGAACACCGCAAAUAGCAAACACUGUUCUAAGAGCAGAUUGUAUUUGUCUUCAGUGUGGAAGGGAUGGUCACUCUCGAAUUGGCCUUCUCGGCCACACUAGACGCUGUUCCAAGUCCUCCAUACAGAGCCAUUACCCUAGUCCCUCGGGACUGAAGGAAUGCCUAAAUCAAUUCUAAGAGCCAACACUAUACAUACUGUACCAUGAUCUCUGCCUUCUUCUAGUGGCCAAUUCUGAUAAUUGUAGAAAUGUAUUUUUUCCAGUGAAUGCUAUUCAUAGCAUAGCCUCUGGCUUCCUC